AUGGCGACGGCGGUGGGGGACGGCGCGCUGCGGCGGCUGUUCGAGAAGCCGUUGCCGGAGAACCCCACGCUGCUGGAGGUGCUGUCGGCCUGCAACAACCACGCCCACCACAAGAAGCUGCUGCCGGCCGUGGACCCGGCGUCCUUCACGGAGAUCUUCGGUGAGCUCCACUUCCACGAGAAGCCCGACGGCGCCGCCGCCCGACCCGUCCUGCCACGGGUGCCACUCCCUGACGCACGCGCUACGGCGGCGUCGUGGCUCGACGUCGCUAGUCAGGCCGAGAAGAGCAAGGACGACUCGUCGCUGGACGCGCUCCUCAGGCCGAAGCCCGCGGGCGCCGCGGCCGCCCCCGGCGGCGUCAGGAGGAGCGCGAGCUUCUGCCUGAAGAAGAGCUCGGCGUCGCUGCUGCUGUGCACGGAGGGGCUCGGGUCCGAGAGCACGGUGGACUCGGACGACAUGGUCAGGGACGACGGCGCCGACGCGGCCGCCGCCCUCCGCGGGAGGGAGAGGGAGGAGGCAACGCUGAGAGACGCCGCCGCCGCGGCGGAACCAGGGCUGGGGGAGUCCCCGCCGUCGUUCCCGCCGCCGAUACGGUCGAUUGGGCGCGGCGGGAAGCCGUGCGUGUGCUUCCGGACGUUCCGCGCGGAUGGGCGGUUCGUGCUGACGCAGGUGGUGAUCCCCGGGAAGGAGCUGCUGCAGGCGUCCCGCGAGGGCGGCCGGCUCAGGCUCCGGUUCGCCAACCCCGCCGCCGCCGACGAGGAGGAGCUGGAGUUGGGGGAUCAAGAAGAUGACGACCGCGAAGCCAACAAUGCAUGCCUCGACGCCUGCGCUUAGUUAAUUAUGAAUGGGUUGUAGUAAUUCGCCAUGCAAGUUUGCUUCAACCUGCAGAAUCCGAAGCUGAUGACAAGCUGCAGCAACUACUACUCAUAUACUGCCUCUUGUUCCUUUUCUAAAUAUAAAUAUUUUUAGAGAUUCCAAUAUAAAUUACUCUAAAAA